GGUACGACAUUUAACAUAUUAUACUCAAAAGAAUCUCUCACAUCAAGGGCUUCCUUCAAAGAUUUUCAAAAUUUUGAAGUGUGGUUGCAGAUCUUCCAUUCAAAUAUUUUAGUAUCGAGACAAAGCAAUGUACGAUGAAUGAAGCAGUAACGGGACUGUAAAAGAAGAAACUGCAAAUCUCAAGGCAGAGACUGUAAACAUCAACAUAAGCUGGCCCAUUAAUAAAAUUCCCUCGUAUUUGUCAUCGAAUAAAUGCCCAUACUGUUUCUUUUGUCGCCACAACACCAUCACCAUGCACGUUCUUCAUAAAUCCCACUCACAUAGUAUUUCCACUACUUCCAUUGCUAAAACUAAUCCUAUUUUUAAUCCAAAUAAAUGCCCUGAAAUUUCCCCAAUUUCUGUAUGCGUUGACAACCCUCGUUUUCUCAGACACCCACUUUCCAUUAAGGUCCCAGAAGGCUCAACACAGAAGCUAAGAACCCAUUCUGCGAAAAUAUUGGGUUUAAAGAACUCUGCAAUGUCUACUGAGAAUGUAGAAAUCAGCAAGGAUAUGAUCGAGGAGUUUGUUGAGGUGGGAAACAAGAUUGCAGACGCUGCAGGGCAGCCCAUUCGUCAAUAUUUUCGCAAACAUGUAGAUAUUGUGGACAAGGACGACUUAAGCCCUGUUACAAUAGCAGAUCGUGCUGCUGAAGAAGCCAUGCGUUCUGUUAUUUCUGAACACUUCCCAACACAUGCAAUGAUGAUUCUAAAGGAGAGUGCUCACAGAUAUGGGGAGGAGAAUGGAUGGACUUGCAAUGGAGAAAAUGCAGAAUAUAUUUGGGUUUUGGAUCCCAUUGAUGGCACAAAAAGCUUUAUCACAGGGAAGCCUUUAUUUGGGACGCUUAUAGCUCUUGUUCACAAAGGAAUUCCGAUUCUUGGAAUUAUUGAUCAGCCUGUUUUACGUGAAAGAUGGAUUGGGAAGAUUGGAGAAAAAAGUACAUUCAAUGGACAAGAGAUUUCAACCCGCUCAUGCAAUUCUCUGGCUAUGGCCUACAUGUAUACUACAAGUCCUCAUCUAUUUAAUGGGAAAGCUGAAGAAGCAUUUGUACGUGUCAGAAACAAGGUAAAAAUACCUCUAUAUGGAUGCGACUGUUAUGCUUAUGCACUACUAGCAUCUGGACAUGUUGAUCUAGUGAUUGAGUCUGGCUUAAAGCUAUAUGAUUUCCUGGCACUGGUACCAGUGGUAGAAGGUGCUGGAGGGGUAAUAACUGAUUGGGAAGGGAAUAAGCUUACUUGGAAGCUCUCAUCUGAUGGACAUUUUCCAGGUUUCAAUGUGAUUGCUGCAGGAGAUGCCCGUGUUCAUCAAGAAGCUUUAUCACUGCUGGAGUGGAAUUAAUUACCUGCUUCAAGCUUAAUUGGCUGCUAAAAUUAUUUAUAUUUCACUUCUAGCUAGUGUUAAGAUGUGAAACAAUCUUUUUCCUGACUAUCGAUGUUAUAUCUUAAUAUUUUUUCAUUUUAAAUCAUAAAUUUUUAUUCUCCCUUGAAAUAUGUACUGCUCUUUUGAAAGCUUAGAAAGAGGUCUGUUAGUUAAUUGGUUGUAGAUUCACAAUGACUAUUUAAUUUUGGUGAUUAAGCAAUUAAUGCCAGUCAUUAUAUUGAUUCUUGUCAAAA